CAGCUGCCCACCGUCGCAUUGCGUAUUUCGAGGUACUUUCUUGCCGAGAGUCAUCUGCGUUAUAACAUGGGACGCGCUGCUCGCCCGCCUCCUCCUUUCCAUCAUCUCACACAACGGCCCCAACCGCUCCUGCAGCCAUGAGUGAGAUCCAGGGCCCUGGUGGGCCUUUGCCUACAAUACCGGAUGACUUGACGCUUGUGCAAUUCAUGCUGGACUAUCAGCAUCCUUCGCGACCUCCGAUAGCUCAGCAGGAUGCAUGGCUAAUUGAGGACGCGACAGGAAGGCGAGUGAAUGUCGAUGAGGUACAUACGCGCGUGCAGGCACUAGCUAAUGCCUUCAGGCUGCGAUGGAACAUUGAGGAUAACGACGUGAUUUGUAUCUUCAGUCCAAAUCACAUUGACUACCCAAUAGCAAUAUGGGCGGCACAUAGAUUAGGAGCGACACUGACCACGUCAAACCCCACGUUCACAUCGGAAGAGCUGCAAUACCAACUCAAUAUGACCAAAGCCAAUGCGAUCAUUGUACACCCCUCGAAUCUGCACGUUGCCCUGGAUGCUGCUCGCGCGGUAGGCAUACCAGCUGAGCGCAUCAUACUCUUCGACGUCCCUGGGGUUGCGAUCGGCUCACAAACCACGAUCAGCGAGUUUGUUGGCGAAGGGAUGUCCAAACCGCUAAGCUUCACAGAACGUCGAUUGAAGCCUGGCGAGGCAAGGACGAAGCUAGCGUUCUUGAGCUUGUCCAGCGGGACGACUGGGAAACCCAAGGCUGUUUGCAUACCUCAUAUUUCGCCGAUAGCGAACGUUAUCAUGAUGGCACAUACAGGCAAUCUACAGACAGCACCUAUGAAGAAGCGUUCGUAUAGACCAGGAGAUGUAGGGAUGGCUUUGCUUCCCUUCUACCAUAUAUAUGGUCUAGUGGUCGUAAUGCACUUCGCUAUCUUCUUUGGGAUGUCCAUGGUCGUAAUACCCAAAUUCAACUUCACGGACAUGCUGAAGAGCAUAGAGCGUCAUCGAAUUAACUAUAUCCCUGUCGUGCCCCCCAUUGUAGUGUUGCUGUGCAAGCACCCGGAUGCCCUGAAGUACGAUCUGAGCUCGCUUCGCGCCUUGAAGAGCGGCGCAGCUCCCCUUUCAGCAGAAGCCAUUAAACAGCUGAGCGAACGCCUCCCUAAGAUGAGCAUCGGCCAGUCCUACGGUAUGACAGAGACUUGCACGACGGUCACCUUCCCACAGCUCGAUAUGCAUAUCGGUACUCCUGGUAGCGCGGGCAGGCUCCUACCAGGUGUCCGCGCAAAGGUGAUGGAUCCCGAUGGCAAGCUGCUAGGCUAUAACCAGCCGGGUCAGUUGGUUGUCUGGAGUCCGGCGAAUGCACUCGGAUAUUUGAGUAACGAACAAGCCACGAAGGAGACUUUCGUAGAUGGUUGGAUAUACACUGGUGAUGAGGUCAUCAUCAACGAGCAGAAGGAUGUCUUUGUUGUCGAUCGGAUCAAGGAAUUGCUGAAGGUCCGAGGCUUCCAAGUGGCUCCUGCAGAGCUCGAAGGCCACCUCCUCGACCACCCCGAUGUCACGGACGUCUGUGUCGUUGGUCUCCCAGACGAGUACAGCGGCGAAGUUCCCCUCGCUUUCAUCGUCCCCACACCUGCUGCCGUAGAACGCAUAAAGAAGGAUCCUCAGGAGGAGGCACGAACCAAACUAUCUAUCAUGAAGCACGUCGCCGAUGCGAAGGUAAACUAUAAACAGCUUGCCGGCGGUGUGGAAUUCGUCGAUGCCAUCCCGAAGAACCCUAGCGGGAAGUUGCUACGCCGGUUCUUGCGCGAGCGAGCAAAGGAACUGCAGGCAGCAGGGAAGCUCUCCUCGUCAGUCAGCUCGAAGGCCAGACUGUAGAUGUGUCGUUCCUCUCGGAGGCGCUGGAGAAAUUCUGUAUAGGUUCUCCUAAACGUAUGUAGAGAAGAUAUCACCAUGUCGCUACGCACUGUGUAAAUGCUAGGAAGCUUUGUAGUAUACCUUCAAUAUGUAGUAAGUAUCCUGCCGCCGGAUCCGAGAUCAUUCAUGUUGCCGCGAUCCCGCCUGAAUCGUGCCCCUCCCUUGAUCCCCAGCCCCCGCUCAGAGUGUCGUUUCUUGUGACUCUUGUCCCCCCUAAGACUUGUUGUACUUAAGCUUGGACCGUACUGCUAAGUGCCCGCAAGUUCCACGUGGAAGUAUUGUCUCAAAUGACAACAGUCCUUGAAAGGCAAUUGACU